AUGAAGGUUCUUUCCCUCGCCGCGCUCAGCUCUCUGGCUGCCACCCUGGUUGUUGCCGGAAACUGCCCCAUUGAAUCUGACUGCAUCCAAACGGCUUGCGAAAACUUCGAAAUGACUGAUAAAGUGCAGUACACCGGCGGUCUCAAUAUGCCCGACACGAGACUGUCGCAUAUGCUGGGCGCUGUAUGCAAAGAUCUCCACGGCAACAAGGUGUUUAGCUACCUGCCUCUUAGCGCUUGCAUCACAAACACCGACGGCAAUAUGGGCUUCUCCUACGCGGGCAAUUAUGGCAAAGGGUGCAAUGAUUGCAAGAUCCUGUCCCGCAAGAACAACGAAGACGUCAUCAUGGAAUGCAAGUGCAAGGAUAACGACAACCGCGGCAAGAUCAACCUCUCGCAGGGCAUCUGGCAGUACAACGGCAGGCUGGGCUGCUACAGGGAGGAAGGCGGCCUGGUCCCCAUCAGCCCCGUGAAGAAGAAGCGUUCCAACGAGCCGGACACCUUCACCUUGCCCUACCCCGUUGGGCAGACUUUCGAUGAUGUCCCUCAGUCUGUGGAACAGCGCACCGUCAAGCUCUCCUUCCCCGUUGGACAGACCGCAGACAAGAUCCCCCAUCCCGUGGAACAGCCCGGCGACGGCUCUACCCAUGGCCCGCCAAGCACUCCGGACACUCCGGAUAUCUAUAUAGAUGUGACCACCGAGAGACGCUCCGAAGAGCCGCGCGCUCUUGAGUUCCCCAGAGAUGACAACGCGCCCUUUGGCGACGAUGAUAGCCGGGAGGAGCCGGCCUAUGAUGACGGCAAUGGCAAGCGCGGUCGCAGCUUCCGUCAGUUUUAA